CUGUCGUAGCCAAUUUCAGUGGGUGUGUUAGGGGUUCGUCUGCGUGUCUGCAAGUUUUCAGCAUAAUAACCUCGCGUGUACGCUGUGCUGUUGGGGGACUGUCGUGUUGUGAGCUUGUGCUGUGUUCAGUGUUCGGUUGGAAGCGAUCUGUGGAUAUUCGUCUCUCUCACUCUCUCAGUUCGGGCUUCAGACCUGACAGCAGCGAGGGAGGACAGACGCCUCGUCACUUUUGUCAACACCGCUGCCAGUACCUGAGGCGUUGUACGAGGGCGUGUUUGUCAAUGUGUUCGUGUGUGUAGUUGUGGGCAGGCUGACUUUGGGCCUCGGCUCGGAAUGUGAAGGCGUUUUACAGCGACUUGUCACACCUAAGUGACACAGUGUAGGCACGCAGCUUUUAGUUUACUUCGUUUUCACAAAGAAUUCGUUAUGAGUGUGUGCGCGUGGCAUGGUAACCCAUUCAGAAAUGCGUGCUGAAAAUAAUUUCUUCAAACUGGAUGUGUUGAAUCUUUCGAAGCGGUGAAGUAGCGACAGAGAGUCAGUGCCUUUCAUUCUUUGCUUUAGGAUCUAAAUCAAUUUACUGAAGACAUUCUACCAACGCAAGGAAUGGCAGACGUCUAGACUUUAAAGUCGUUUUUUCUGUGAAGUGAGAUAGUAUAACAACGCUGGACUGAAAGAGCUACUCUCAAGAUCCCGUCUUUUCCCCCGCCCUCAGACCAUACACUGUCGGGAAUGCCAAAGUUCUGGCAUCGUGAAUAAACAUUUUUAACAGCAAUCAUGGCGGCGUCACCGGAAGUCGCCCAGAACCUCAGCUCGAGUCCAGGACCACCUCCCCCGUCCCCCACCCCAGACUGGGGUGGAGACUCAGUAGCCCUGAAAGAUUUCCCUUCCAAACGCCAGGUUCCGGGCUUCGCCAAGGUUGUGAAGGGAAACUACAUGACCUUGGGCUCGUCCAAAUUUUCUCUCAGCAAGCAGCACCACGAGGUCUUCGUCCACUCCGUCAAGGUCGGAGUCAAGGUCCUGGCUCAUUGUCUGAAGCGCGUGGAAGCGACCAGCGUGACGCGGCGGGGCAACCACAACAUCUACACAACCACCAGACUGUACGCCGUGGAGCAGCGUCUCGCUGUGCCCAUCUCCUACCAAGGAUGGUUCGAGCUUCUGUCCGAGGAUGGCAAGUCGGCGCGGCCUAUUAGUAGCGUCAUCGAACUCUCCAAAGUCAAGCCAGAGAAGUGUUUAGUCCGAGAAAACAUAAAGGCGUACAUUAUCAGCGAUGAGAGUAAACCCACGUUUGACAAAACUAAAAUCGUGAUAGCUGGGGAGCAGCUUUUGUUAAACGGAGAGCUAUCUAUACCGUCCGGAAUGGAGAACAAAAAGGUGAAACUUCUUCGGUGUAUCGACACUAACGGAGAUUUUGUGUAUUUAAGUUUUGAUCAGAAGGGCAUGUUCACUCCUAUAGCCGGUGAGAAAGAUUUCACAGGAGUUUUCAAUAUCCGAGACAUCAUCAGACGGUUUCGACUCCCGUUGACUGUGAAACUGAUCCAAGGGGUCCGACCGAAAGUUGACCCUUCCCGGUUCACGGGCCUCAUCCGCUUGGAUUGGGUCUACUCCGACGAGACAGCGUUUGUGUGUCCGAUAGAGAAGAACCACGUGCGGCUUUUGCCUGUGCCAACAGACGCCAACCUCCAGCUCGUGUCGGCAACGAACCAGCAAGCUAUGAAGUCUACGGAACUGUACAAUACCAUGAUGACCAAAUGUUCUAGAAUGAUCACCAAUUAUAACAACACACUGCAUCUCAUCGUUCAAGUGCCUGAUGCUGCUGCUAAGGGAAGAAGCCGGGCGCCGAACGCUAAUGUUUUCUCAGUGCCAUUCCCCAGAGACAAAGCUCCAGCGCAAAGCGCUCGGUCCAAGACCCGUGAGCACCGUCUUAUGGACGAGAUAGACAAUCUGUACGGCUACGUGCGGGACGGCGGGGCGCCUCCGGAGAACGUCAAGUUUUCCUACGACUCUGACGAAGAGAGUUAUUGGGAGGAGCCGGCUUACGAGCCACUGGACGAGUUCAGGGCCAGACUGAAGGCUCUGGAGGCGGGCGAGAAGGUGAUCUACCACGCCAAGUACCAGCCGCAGGAUCCCAGCAAAAUUAUCUCCGAUCUUGACAUGGCCUCGCGGCGUACCAACGACAGCGUCUAUGGAGUAAUGACUGGAGAUGCAGCAAAGAACCCGCAAAAUUCUGGGAGGCAGAGAGAGCAAUCGCAGCAGUCUCGUAAGGCUGUCCCGCCUCCCCUCCCGCCCCGCCCUCCAGAUUUAGUGCCGAGUCCUGUAGGAAGUUCUGUGAACGCUAAAGGUGAAACAAGCAUAGACAACAACAGCGCUGCCCCCAAAGACGUGGCCUUGACUGUGACUCCUCCCACACCUGUCACUGUUGCCGCGCCUACUCCUGUCACCACUGAUCCUCCGCCCAUUCCUCCCCGCCGCUACUCGCAGCCAGAGAACGGGGUGACCACCGUUUCAAACUUUGGCCUCGUCUCGUCCUCCCAGUCUUCCCAAGUUAGAAUGUCCACCGCAAUCUCUGCCCCCUCCCAACAGCAGCGUGGAGGUGCAAAACUGUUAUCCCAGCCGUCCAAAAGUAGCGCGGACGCUCACAAAAAGAGAGAACGUUUAUCUCAGUCGAGGUCCAAGAGCAGCCAUGAGUCGAACUCAAAUUCCGGAGGAAGCAGCAAUGGGCACCGCAAGCACCUCGCCAAAGACUUCAAAGACUCGGAUAUAAGUUCCUUCACCAGGGGCGGAUCCUCAGGGAAUUCCUCGGGGGGUCCCACAUCGCAAGUCAGAAAAAAGAUGCAAACUCUCUACUUAUGAUGUGAUCCCUACUGUCUAAAUUAACAAAAUGGCCAGCCAAUUGACACUGUGAUUACCUUGUAAAAUAUACGACAUUAGUAAACACCGAUCUAUUCUUCAGAGUACUUGGAAUCACUAUUUUGUAACUUACGUUUAUAGAGAAGAUAAUAAUAUAAUAUAUAGAUCGAUCUUUCCUCACAUGCUGCAUUUCGUGAAAUUUUGCCCUUUUUUUCCAAAUAAUUUUUAUUUUAUUUUGAUGUUGUAGUUUGAUUGCAUGAAACGUUGUUCUCUGUUGUUGGUUGUGAGAGCUGUCUGUAUGAUGAAAAAAUGUUAGAAAAGUUGUUUGUAUUUCAGGAUUAGUUGUGUCUCUUGGUUGUAGCCUACAUGUCUUAUUCACAGUGUUGAAUGAAUCACACGUAACGCGUCAUAAAUCCUCGUUUAUUACUUGGAGAAGUGUGCUGUUGAUGAUGCUGUUAUUCAGAUUGUGUAUUCAUUUGUCCCGGGUUACAUGUGUCUACUCAUUAAUUGUCAUCGUCUUAAUUGUCAUUGUCUCUUUUAAAAAAUUAACGUUUCACGCAAUCAAAGCUAAACGACAUCGCGAUUAGCGACGACCAACCUAUGAAAAUCCCGUUGAAAUGUUCCUUUUUCGGAGAUUUUAAUGAAAUUUCGUGUCAGAAAAAUAUGACUACGCUAAGAGGGAUGUUAAACUGGCACCGUACAUUCUAUACUGAAACUAUGUACCCCCAAAUUAUGUUUUCACUCCUUCAUGUAUUUGGCUUGCUUUGAGACAUUAUGUUCAGAUCUCAUGGUUACCUCUUGCUUUUGUCUUUUUACUUGUGUCUUUCACUCGCGGUCUUGGCUUCUUUUCUAUCCUCUCAAAGUAAAAAACAAAUCCAGGUACAACAUGACGGUUUUACAGACUUUUUUGAAUAACCGAUGGAGACUAUCUCUUCUCUUUUUCUACCCGUUCACCUCUCGCGCAUACACACAAACACGUGCUGUUUUUGGUUGUUCUUUUCCCCUUUAUUCUUCCACUCUUCCCCCUCUCGUGCUAACACUUACACUCAAAUAAACAGACAUAUGUAUGUGUAACAGCCCAAACGUUCCAGGUUGGCCAUGACAAGUACUAUCGGACUUAGAUAACACGGACACAGAAAACUCGAAAUCACGGAUAGCUCGUACAGUUUGCCAUUUCCCAACUGAUGUUUCUUCAUAAUUUAAGAAGAUAUUUUUUUAAUUGUUUUUUUUUUAAAUUUAUUUAUUUAUUUUAUUUUAUUUAUUUAUUUUUUUAAAGGGGGAGCCUAUAUCGGUCUACCCGAAUUAUGAAAGUGUCAAACACAUUUGCCAAUCCUCAAAGUGUUCGAGUUAUCCGUGCCCGACAUGUACGCCCACUGCACACCUCCAGGACAUGCAACUCCUCCUAUAGUUGUAGAAUAAGACACUUUGAUGUAAUAAUAGUAUGCUUGUUUAAUGUGCGCUUGCGUAGUGUAUACUACGGUAUAUAUCGCCACAGCCGUGUUUCCUUGCCUCUUCAUUACUACCACCGAUAAACCAAGUACUCAGCUUUAAAAAUGAAUGACCCUUUGUGUCUAGAGAAAUGUAAUUAACUUAAAUCGGGCAAAGUCAAGGUGGGUGGUUGGCGGGUGCUCUGGUGUAGUUUGCUCCAUCUUCCUCAUCAAAUAUCUAUCGUCCUUAUCUCUCCUCCGCCACUUUUAUUAUUGUAAUUCUUUUGUUUCACCUCCAACUAUCAUCUUCGACGCUUGCAUGACCUUGUUGUAUUGCAAGUGCUGCAAAACUCGUUCUGAAACUAUAACAAAACCAGGAAAUGCAAACUGUCCCUUAUUUUCGUAAUUACACAUAGAUCUGUGUGUGGAACAGUUUUUCAUUCCUUAUAUAACUGUCUCAUGGUUUUCUAAUUCCUUAUUACUGUCACUGGCUUUCUUUCCCUUAACUUGGAGGCUCGAUCCUUACAAAUUUGAUUUUUUUCCCUUUGUACUACUUUGAAUGUUAUUUUAUUGGGGGCUUUUCGCACGUUUUAUUCUCGCGUCUUUUAGUGACCUUACAUACUGUGACAUACAGUGCUCCUUCUCAGCUGCCACUGGCCCACUGCUAUUUAUCCAUGUUUGAAAAUGUUGGCUCAAAACCAGUGAAUACUCUGUGACUAUAUUCGUAAUAUUGUAUUGUAGGUUUAGAGUUUGGGACAAGGUUCCUGUGUACAUUCCAUCAGCAAAGAGAAACAUUGACAACUGCACUUUUCAUUCAAAGUAUGUAAUUGUUGUUAUGGGAACAUUGUCCAUGCCCUUUUAGUACCAGCGAUAUCUUUUAAAGAAAUGUAUGGUUUUCACCAAUACAUCCCAAUGUACACGAAGCAAGAUAAAUAAUAACAUGUAUAUAUAUUUUUAAAAAGAAAACAAA